AUGGAGGCGCGCUGGCGGCGCAUGCCGAACCGACCUGCCGCGGCGCGCCGCGCGCAGCAGCUCCGCGCCGAGGGGCGAGCUGCUGAGCGGCUGCUAGCGGCUUUCGCGGCGCUCGCUGGCCACCGAGGUUGCGCCCCGACCCGCCUGGGAGCCGCCUUGGCAGAUGCGCUGCGGCCCACGGAGGCGGAGGCCGAGCGCAAGGCCAAGGAGGCCGAGGAGACGGCGCGGGCCGCAGACGCAUACCUCGACGAGCUCAGGCUUGAGGCCGUAGCCAAGCGAUGGGCAGAGGCAGCACUGGGCGACGCGAGCUUGAACGAGGCCCUGGCCCUGGCCGAGGCCGAGCGCCUGGCGGAGGCAGAGCGCGCGGCCGCCGCUGCUGGACCCCGCGAGGACUUGGAGCAGGGCGCGGCGGAGGCCCAGCCCUUCAAGGCCAAGCUGGAGAGGCUGCGGGCCGCCGAGCAGCAGGCCGCGGGCCCGACAGCGGAACGCGCUGCAGCACGAGCGCCCAAGCCUAACGCGGACGAGGCGCCGACGCGCGACCAGCUGGCGAGGCUGCAGGCCGCCGAGCAGCGGGCCGCGGGGCGGCGGCGCCGAGCAGCCCCGCUGGCGAAGGCGCCCAUGCGCGGCGGGCCGAGGGCCGAGCGCUUGGCCGACGCGAGGCGCAGCGCCGCGGGCGCCCGCGCGCAGCUGGCCGCGGCGCAAGAGGACCCCCACGCGAAGCAGGCCGAGGAGCUGACGAGGGCUGAACGCCUGGCGCAGGAGCAGCGCCGCGCCGCGGACGCCCGCGGGGCGCUGGAGGAAGCACAAGCGGACGUGGAGGCCACGGAGGCCGCGACGCGGGCCGCGCAGACAGCCCUCCUGAGAGCAGCGCGGGCGCUGGAGCAGCAGCAGGCGGAGGCGGAACCGCCGACGGCAGCGGAGCGCCUCGCCCAGGCACGGCGCCGAGAGCAGCCCGACGGCGACGCGAAGAGCUGGCGGAGGCGCGGCGCUGGGCUCCUCUGGCGGGACGCGCGCUGGAGAAGGGGGGGCCCAGCAAGCGGCUGCGGCGACUCCGCGGGGAAGGAGAGGGUGCACACCCUGGGGGGCCCGUUGAGAAAGUGGCCAGAGGCUGAGCGCGUUGCCAGCGGCGCCCGAGCGCUCGUCACUGCGGUGAUGACCCUGACGGGCGUGGGCCUCGCGUGGGACGGCCCCAGCGUCUGGAACCCGCUCUUCACGGUGGCCUCCGCCGCCCUGUCGGCCGCCGCCGCGCGCCACGAGGCCCUCGCCUGGGACGUCGACCAGGUGUCCGAGGGCCUCGUCAUGGCCCAGGCGCCCGGUGAGCGGCCGGGCCGGACAGGGCGAGUUGCCGGACCGCGCUCGGCCAUGGUUUCGAAGGCGAAGAUGGCGAUGUGGUACCCGGCCAGCGCGGAGUACGUGCGGCGAGGCCGCGCCUGGAGCUGCUGCUUCUGCGGCCUGCUCCUGCCCGCUUUCGCCCUCGCCUCGGCCCUCUACGCGCUGCGCUUCGACGAGAUGAUCGGGACCUACGCGAAUCUGCGGCGGAACGUGCCGCUGGGCUUCGAGGAGGUGCUGAGGCCGGCGUUUCGGCGCCCCGCCGGCCCCGCGCCGAGGGCGCCUGCCCUUGGGGACAGCGAGGGGGCAGCUCGCGCUCGGAGUAGGAAGAGCAGUGGCGAAGCGUCUUGGCUUGCCGCUAGGCCCACCACAUAA